AUGUUCGGCGCAAUGCCACCAUGACGACAUCUCUCUCCCCUACGACUUCGGCCGCCCUCCUCUCUCCCCAGACUCCAGUCACCUCCACUCUGCGCGCUUCGACGUGCGAACAAAGCAAGGUAUCCAAUCCACCGGCAGCAAAAGUAAGGAAAAGAAUCGAUCUCUUCCGACGCCCUUUAUCCUCGAGGAAUUCAGUUCCGUUCGGGAUUCUCAAGCCAGCCAUGGCGGCGGUUCUCCCCGGCUUCGGCCGGCACAUCGGCGACUUCCUAAGCAAAAGCAGCGGUUUCGUCGCCGGGUCGCUGUCGGCGGCGACGUGCGCGGACGAGGUGGAGAAGGCGGAGGGAACAGGAUGCCAGGACGACGCGGCGGCGCUGAGGCUCAAGUGGGUCGCCAUGGCAGCCAUCCUCCUCGCCGGGGUCGCGGGGGUCGGCCUGCCGCUCGCGGGCCGGAAGCGCCGCGCCGUUCAGACGGGCACCGCCGUCUUCGUCACCGCCAAGGCGUUCGCGGCGGGCGUCAUCCUCGCCACGGGGUUCGUGCACAUGCUGCACGACUCCGACCACGCGCUCUCCAGCCCCUGCCUCCCCGCCGAGCCCUGGCGCAGCUUCCCCUUCCCCGGCUUCGUCGCCAUGCUUGCCGCGCUCGCCACGCUCGUGCUCGACGUUCUCGUCACCAGGUUCUACGAGGGCAAGCACCGCGCGGAGGUUGCGAGGGUUAAGGCCGAUGCCGCCGCCGCGCUUGCUGCGUCCACCUCUGCCGGUGCCAGCGACGAAGACAUCACCGUGGUCACCGUCGUAGAGGAGGAUGAGCGCAAGGCCCCGCUCUUGCAACCACACUCUCAUUCGCACGGGCACUCGCAUGGUCACGACUUGGUGCAGUCACAAGGACGCGAGGGGGAGGUGUCAGACCAUGUGCGCUCCGUCGUGGUGUCACAGAUACUGGAGAUGGGGAUCGUGUCGCACUCUGUCAUCAUCGGCCUGUCGCUAGGGGUGUCGAGGAGCCCCUGCACAAUCAGGCCGCUCGUGGCCGCGCUCUCCUUCCACCAGUUCUUCGAGGGUUUCGCUCUCGGUGGCUGCAUUGCGCAGGCACAAUUUAAAAACCUUUCAGCAGCUUUGAUGGCAUCCUUUUUUGCCAUUACAACACCGACGGGUAUUGCUGCUGGGGCUGGUUUGGCCUCAUUCUACAAUGCCAAUAGCCCCAGGGCUCUAGUGGUUGAAGGCAUCCUCGAUGCUGUGUCAGCUGGCAUACUUAUAUACAUGGCAUUGGUGGAUCUCAUUGCUGCCGAUUUCUUGGGUGGUAAAAUGACAGGAACGUCGCGGCAGCAGUUGAUGGCGUAUGUCGCCCUGUUCCUUGGCGCGCUCUCCAUGUCGUCGCUUGCAAUCUGGGCCUGAAGAUGGGGCUUGAUCAGGCGAAGGUAAUCGAUGGCGGUAUUCCAACACAUCGCCUGUGAAAAACGUACAUCACUAAUGUUUAUAACUGUGUACAGUGUUCUUCUGAUCACAUACAUGGCAUAACAUGCCCUGGUUUUUGUGGGCAUGCGAGGUGAUAGCCCUGUUGAAACACCCAGGGCAUUGUGUAUAUGUUUUUUCUUUUUCUUUUUUGCUUGUAAAUGCUACAGCCCCUCCGAUGAAUCAUACCUACCGUGGUUGCUA